UGGAAAAGCAAGGGAAGCUGGAGCCUGUUUGAUCGCGCGCCCGUCUGCUGUUGAUUGUUGCUCUUAUCAGUGCGCAUAUCAGCGACCGUGUAGAAUCAGUGCAAGAACGAGUCGAACGUUUCGUGAGAUGCUGGGCCAAUGUGAAAGCGAAGUUCGGGAUGGAAACACAGGCGGCAAUGUUUCCUUUUUUUCCCCAAAGGUUUUGUUGAGGCAGCAGGAUACCAGGGAGGGUCCGACGAUGCUGGUGAUGCUGGUGCAAGGAAAAAUCAAUAUCCAAUAGUGUGAAUGAGUGAGUGAGUGAGUUAAUUCAAAGGAAGAAAAAAAAACCUCGCGAGAUAGGGAGGAAGCAAAGAAAACAAAACGAGCGCUAGUGUGAUAACGGUGGAAAGCCAAUGGAAAGCAACCCACGCAGUUUUCCCGCCGUGAUUCGAUGAGUGUUUGGUGCCGGUUCGGAGCGCCGGAUCACAGCGCGAUUGUGCACGUACGCAAUCGCUGGCAGGCACUUUUCCGGCACUUUUCCGGCCCAUCGGGGGCAAUAAUGUAAGCUCGGCCCGAUCGUGUCGCGGUCCCUUUCGCCUCGAGGCCCAGCGAGGCUUGGUGGAGUGCUUUAGUGUGAAGGAGAAGCAAGAAGCGAAGGUGUUGCGGGAUAAAGCAGUGGUAUAAACUGAAAGCAUCCACGGUACGGUGUUGAAUUGAGCGGAAGAGACGGCAGAGAAUGAGUCGUCGUGCUUCGACAGGAGUUCCAGUUAGGCACCGGCCACUGGCUGGGCGCCGUAUCCGGUCGUCGUUGGAAUGGCCGACGUGCGUUGCGAUCGUCCUUGCGAUCGUUCAAACUGUCCUGCGGCCGACGGAAGGGUUCGAGCCGAACGAGACGUUGGUCACGCAGCGCCACCGUCACCAUCAGUACACGAUAGACGAGCUGCUUGAGACACGGUUUCCGAAAAGCAUCUCCGGUGACAUCGACAUGGAUCCCUGCAAAUCGAGUAGCUUCAUGGGUGACAUCGCGCUGCCGAACGUAAAUUACGAAACCGAGUGGCAGCGGCAGCGGCUGAACAAGAGCCUCGAGCAGGACAUCGUGAAACUGAAGCAGGAGGUGUACCUCGAGGGGCUGCAGGUGGAGGAGGAGGGCAUGACGGACAUGAUACGCAAGAAGACGAAGCAGCGCGCCUCGACCCCGCUGGCCGGCAUGACGCCGAACACGCGCACCUCCUCGUACGAGAGCGAAAACUCCAUCACGGACAGCUCCGGCGAGCCGCCCGUCCGCGCCACCAUCAUCGACAACCGGGACAACAUUAUCAGCCGCCGGCAGGAGGAGGGGACGGCGGCCCCGACACCGGGCUCUGGAGUCCGCGAGUCCGAUCCGACGACGACUCCCUCGGUCGUGGCGAAGAAGAAGAACGCGACGGCGGUGGACGCGCGCAACAUCGACCACAAUCGGAUCCAGUCGAACAGCAAAGACAUCGUUAUCGAUUCGAUCAGCGAUAAUAUUAUCAGCAGCAAUCACGCCAGCAGAAAAGCAGUCACAUUUGCCUUACCAACGACGACGACGACGACGACGACGACGACGACUACGGCACCUACUGCAGCUCCGGUGGGGCGUCCUGUGUCCUCCCGGGAGCAGGAAAUCACGGGCGGUGUCGUUGGGAAAAGGCAUGCAACUUCCCACGCCCAGGACGCUGAGUUGUUGAGUGUCCCUGUGGGAGAAGUGGACGGAAAAACGCGCCGACGUCAUCGCCGAAGACGUCGACAGCAGCAACAGCAUCAGCAGUCGUUGAAUCCUCUACUGGAAGCUACUGCCGAUGGAACUCCAAACACCAACCAUGCUUCUCCUCCCUCGGGGAAGGUCUCGACCGUGCCGGACAAGAACUCGUACCGCUCGCGCUUGGAUCGCCUCCGAGUGGAGCUGGGCACGGUCACGUACUCGGUGCGGGAUCGUAAUCUACGGUCGCACCACAAAGCUCCCCUGCAAGAGUCCCCCGAGCACGCCGGCACGCCGGAGAAGAAGAAACGACGGAAGCAGAAGCAUCAUCAUCAGCAGCAGCAGCAGCCGCAUCAGGACGAUGGUGGAAGCAAGAAGCGAAAGGCGAAGAAGGAGGAGGAUCCUGUUGACAGCCCCCCGAACCCAAAGCGCAAGCAGCAAGAUAGGGGGACGAUGCCCGACAGUGACGGUGGUACGACAGACACCGUGCGGCAAUAUCAUCCCCGGCAGGUCCAGAGCAAACACCAACAUCAUCGUCACGGCGAAGCGGACCACCGUAAGGACGAUACAGACGACGACAACGACGGAAUGAAUUUGCAUUUCCUGCCGGAACAUCAGCGCCCGUCCCGAGGGUACCCACGACCGGUCGGUGGUGGUGGUCUACCUGUUGAAGGCGAAGCAGACAGCUACGUCUACCAUCCUUCAGCGGAGCAGCACCAUCGGGUGGCCCGGGCGGCAACGGCCAAGAAGGAGCGCAUCUGGGACUUUGGCGUCAUCCCGUACGAGAUCGAUGGCAACUUUAGCGGCAUGCACAAGGCGCUGUUCCGGCAGGCGAUGCGUCACUGGGAAAACUACACCUGCAUCAAGUUCGUCGAGCGCAAUCCCAUCGACCAUCCGAACUACAUCGUGUUUACCGAGCGUGCUUGUGGGUGCUGCUCGUUCGUUGGCAAACGUGGAAAUGGACCGCAGGCGAUUUCGAUUGGCAAGAACUGCGACAAGUUUGGCAUCGUGGUGCACGAGCUCGGCCACGUGGUUGGCUUCUGGCACGAGCAUACGCGCCCGGACCGGGAGAACCACGUCGUGAUCGAGAAGAACAACAUCGUCGUUGGGCAGGAGUACAACUUCAACAAGCUGACCGAGGACGAGGUGAACUCGCUCGGGCUGCCGUACGACUACGAUUCGAUCAUGCACUACGCGCGCAACACCUUCUCGAAGGGCACCUAUCUGGACACGAUUUUCCCGAUCGAGAUACCGGGCCGGAAGCGGCCGGAAAUCGGGCAACGUUUGCGGCUCAGUGAAGGCGACAUCGCACAGGCCAACCUGCUCUACAAGUGUGCCAAGUGCGGCCGUACCUUCCAGGAAAAUUCGGCCACCUUCACCUCGCCGUCGUACUACUCCACCCAACCGCUGACCGAACCGGAACGCUGCGAGUGGCGCAUCACGGCAACGCACGGCGAGCGGAUCGUGCUGAACAUUACGGAUCUGGACAUUUACAAAUCGAACAGCUGCCGGUCGGACUAUCUGGAGAUCCGAGACGGCUACUGGCACAAGUCGCCGAUUCUGGGGAAAUUUUGUGGCUCCGGCAAGGUGAACGAGCUCAUCCGCUCCACCGGCAGCCGUAUGCUGCUCACGUACACGACCACCUUCCGGCAGGCGUCGAUGCGCGGCUUCGCUGCCAGCUACGAAGCUGUGUGCGGCGGUGAGAUGAACCUCGAAUCGGGCGGCCGGCUCGAAUCCCCGAACUAUCCGGUCGACUAUCUGCCGAACAAGGAGUGCAUCUGGCGGAUAACCGUCCCGAAGGACUACCAAGUGGCCUUAAAGUUCCAAUCGUUCGAGGUGGAAAACCACGACAACUGCAUCUACGACUACGUGGAGGUGCGGGACGGUGGUACGCCGGAAUCGCAGCUCAUCGGCAUCUUCUGCGGCUACAAGAUACCGCCCGAUAUGAAGUCAACGUCCAACAAGCUGUUCGUGAAGUUUGUCUCGGACGGGUCGGUGCAGAAGGCCGGGUUUUCCGCAACCUUCAUGAAGGAGGUGGAUGAGUGCGAGCAUAUGGACCACGGUUGUGAGCACGAGUGCAUUAACACGCUUGGCGGCUACGAAUGUGCCUGCUACAUCGGAUACGAGCUGCACAGCGAUAAGAAGUCGUGCGAGAACGCUUGUGGAGGUCAACUCGAUGCGUUGAAUGGAACCAUUCAGUCGCCGUCCUUCCCGAAAGAGUAUCCGUUCAUGAAGGAGUGCGUGUGGGAGAUAGUGGCACUGCCGCAGCAUAAAAUCACGCUCAACUUCACUCAUUUCGAUCUGGAGGGUAACACCUUCUACCAGGCGUCCGAGUGCGAGUACGACUACGUGGCCGUACUGUCGAAGAGCCCGGACGGGGUGCUGCGCAAGCAUGGCUCGUUUUGUGGCUCGAACAUCCCGCCACCGAUCACAUCCGAGGCGAACGUCCUGCGAUUGGUGUUCAAGUCGGACAAGACGAUCCAGAAGACGGGCUUUGCCGCCCACUACUUCACCGACAUCGACGAGUGUGCGGUCAACAACGGUGGGUGCCAGCAGGAAUGCAAAAACACCAUCGGGUCCUAUCUGUGCUCGUGCCGGAACGGGUAUACGCUGCACGACAACGGGCACGACUGCAAGGAGAGCGGCUGCAAGCAUGAGAUCUUUACGCCGCACGGUCAAAUUCUCAGCCCGAACUAUCCAGACUACUAUCCGCCGAAGAAGGACUGCAUCUGGCACUUUACGACCACGCCCGGCCACCGGAUACGGUUGGUGUUCAACGUGUUCGACAUUGAGCCGCAUCAGGAAUGUGCGUACGAUCACAUCGUCAUCUACGACGGCAACUCCCCGGACAGUCACACGUUGGGACGGUUCUGCGGUGCAAAGAUUCCGCAUCCCAUCUCGUCCUCGUCGAACCAGAUGUACAUGGUGUUCAACACGGACAGUAGUGUGCAGCGGAAGGGAUUCUUCGCCAGCCACUCAACGGCCUGCGGUGGCCGGUUGAAGGCGACCGAGGUGAAGAACCACUUCUACUCGCACAUCAAGUUCGGUUCCGGCAUGUACGAUAAUAGCGCUGAUUGCGAGUGGACGAUCGUGGCCGAUCCGGGCCUAAAUGUGCAGCUGAAGUUCCUCAGCUUCGAGCUCGAGGAGGAGAAGAUGUGUUCGUACGACUACGUCGAGGUAUACGGCGGCCUGGAUGACGAAAGCGGUCCCCUGCAGGGGAAGUAUUGCGGCAAUGCGAAUCCACCGGAGAUCAUAUCGAUGCACGAGGCGCUGAUGGUGCGGUUCCGCUCGGACGAUACGGUCGGCUUCAAGGGCUUUUCGGCGGCGUACGUUGCCAUCAAGGGGAACGAGGGUGCACUGACCACCGACGAAGAAGGUUCUGAUAGCUCCGAUAUCAUCCCGUUUCCCGGUUCAUUAAAAACAGUGUUCAUCAAACAGGGCGAAGAUAUGGACGAGGAGGACGAAGAUAUCGAUUAUGAGAUCCAGCCAAACCGGCCGCACCGCAGUAAGAUCGAGGAGCACAGUGAGGUGCACAACGAAAUACGCUCGUCUCAGGCGAUCGACUGAAAGCCACAUAAUCUAAUCCCAAUUCGCCUCGUCAAACUAAUGCGCGGCGACCCGCAUUGCGCAACUACGCGCCAGCGAGUCGUGCUGCCACUUCAUGGACAAUAUUUUCAACCCUCCUUCCUUUUUCCAUCCUCCUCCUCUAUGUGUGCGCUACUGGCAAACUCACUUACCGUCGUUACACAUCGAAGCGGAACGUCGUAGGCAUCAGAAGUCGACCGAGAGGUGAUCGGAACAACCGAUUCAAACUCAACAAGGACUCAAAAAACAGUUUCUCUCAUUCAGGCAGAUAUUUUCAUCCAUUUAGAACGAUGCAUGAACAUCUAUUUCAUUUCAAUUUCAUCUCAUCGUCCUAACACCCGAUUAGAAUGACCGUAGUCCUCAUCUCUCUCGCUUUUGAGCUCAAUCUAUUUAGGUGAUCGAAAACGAUCGAGUUGGAAGAAGAUCGCUAGAUACACGACCGUUGGAGUAGUUGAAGUUAGCUAGGCACCACAAGAAUACCAAUAGGGGGAGGGUACAGUGCGUAUGCUACAAGGAGCCAAAAUUGUAGUGAGUAAUUUUAAUAGCGAUUAAUGAGCCAUAAAAACUGAAGCGUAACAUAAGAAGAUAUAUAUACAUACCUAUAUAUAUAUAUAGUUAUAUUUACAUAGUAGAAAACAAUGGUCAGUCUGUUUAAAAAUAUCUUAGUAAUAAAUGUUAGGAAAAUGAUGAUUUAACUUACCGUCGAGCCCGUUGCCCAGCGUUUCGAAGAUAUUAUUUGUGCUCCUACACGAAACCCAAAACGAGAGGCGUGAUAUAGUCAACGGCCCUACGUGACAAGGAUCGCCGCCGGUUAUUUCUUAACAGUAGUUCAAGUUUAGAAAGCGUUUCCUAUUGUUCUUUAACCAUUUCUUCCACUCAUAUCAGGCACCGUUGUGCGGACCGGGUCCUUUCCUCUUUUUCUGCUCUCCAUCUUCCGACGGCAGUAGGUGCGAUCCACUCAACUAGCCACGGACCAGUAAUGGUCGGGUAGUAUGUAGGUAUUUUAAAAACCGCGUGAAUAUGGCGAUAGUUAGUAAUGUGAUCGAAAAAAAAGAAAGAAACAAAAACAAGCAACAAUAAUGUAAUUUUGUGUCAUUUUUGAAUGGAUCGAACAAUAAAAUCAAUCAUUUUU